AUGACCGUCGCGGGGGCGAUGAUCGGCUUUGUUCUGCUUAUAGGAAUCUUCUGUUUAGUUCUUCGAAUCUGGAGACCGAGGCGGCAGCGCAGGAAUUUGAGCUUCAGUUGGCGGCGACGGGAUCCGUCGACUGUUUUGCUACACAGGACGAUUUCAUCGCGGAAGAUCAUGGCCCUAGUUGUUGUUGUUCAAGCUGUUGUUGUAGGGUCAUCGAUGAAUCUCAAUUCUGGGGAAAAUUCUACAGUAGAGAAUUUGGAACCUACAACUCUAAUGACUGCACCGGAGGAGGAGCGAGAGGGUGAAGUGAGUCUUGGUAGUGGUGAGUGGUGA